CUAUAGCUAAUAAGCUAAAGCUUCUAUUGCAUAUAGUUAUAGUGGGAGACGUACGUGGGCUGAUAAUUUCUUCCUCGAUCAGAUCAUCGUAACAAUGGGGCUCAAGUCCCUUUGUCGCCGCGGAAUCCUUCUGGGAUUUCUGCUGUCUUUAUUCCUAGUUGUGAGUUUCUGCUACGCUGAUGAUAAGACAGUCCAGGUUGUUGGAUUCGGAGAAUGUGGUGAUUGCAAGGAGAACAACAUUCAGACUACUCAAGCUUUUUCUGAGCUUAGGGUGAGCAUUGAGUGCAAGCUGGAGAAUGGGGAGAUGCGGACGAGAGGAAUGGGGAAGUUGGAUAAAGACGGCAAGUUUGAAGUGUCGUUGCCGGCGGAGAUUGUGAAACACGGCGGCGGAGGAUUGAAGGAGGAGUGUUAUGCUCAGCUCCACACUGCACCGUGUCCUGCCCUACAUAACGCCAUUGAAGCUUCCAAGAUUGUUAAAACAAGUAGUGGAAAGCAGCAGGGAUUUGAAGCCGCCGGGAAACUCAAAUUCUCGGCAGCCAUUUGCACUUCAUCAGCUAUCAAAUUCCCACCCCUACCCUUUAAGAAAAAACUUCCCCCACUUCCCCCACUUCCCAAAUACAAAUCCAAGCCUAGGCGAUAUCCACAUCCACCUCCACCUCCCGCGUACAAGCCAAAACCAAAUUAAAGCCACCAGUUUACAAACCUCCCACUCCCAUCUAUAUAUAACCCAAACACAUUUCCACGCGUUCCCAUUUACAAGCCCUUUCCAAACCUACCCAUUAUUUAAGCCGCUUCAAUUCCCUUCCACAAAUAAGCCAAAGUCACCGGUUUAUAUUCCUCCCUUCAAGAAACUAACCAUGCCCACCCCCUGGCUAGCUAGGCUCUAUAUGCUGUGAUUCAACUUCAUCGAAAAUUUCAUCUUGCAUGCACAAUAAAAGCAAAGUAGCGUAAGAAGAUUAUAUUAAAGAUGCAGCUAUGUUAAUUAGUGCAUGGAUCGGAGUGCAACUUUCUACUUAUUUGCAUGUGUUUGUUGGAUUCAAAUUCAACCCUCUUCUUGGUUAAUUUGCUAAGCUAGUUUGCUUGUCAUUUCAAUCAAAGCUUGUAAUAAUAAGUUUCUAUGCCACUAGGCAUAUAUUAUUGUGACUAAAUGUGAUAAUUUGAUUAAGUUGUUUAAUUUGUUCA